CCCCAGUGUUGGAGGAUGCAGCCGGGCCUCGCGGUGAGCCUCGGCCCCCGCAGCCGCUUGCUAGCCAUGCCUACUAGGCAGCGACGGUAACCUCGCGGCCGCUGCAAAGCGUGCGCCCCAAAGCCCGGGGGCUGAGACCAUGGGCAACGUGCCGUCCGCGGUGAAACACUGCCUCAGCUACCAGCAUCUCCUCAAAGAGCAGCUGUGGAUCGGGGAGCCCCCUGUGCAGCCGCCUGCGCAGGAAUUGCUUGCAAGUGGAUUUCCUGAAUUUGUUAAAAUAGUAGAAGUUGGUCCAAGAGAUGGAUUACAGAAUGAAAAGGCUAUAGUCCCUACAGAUGUCAAAAUAGAGUUCAUCGACCGACUUUCUAAAAGUGGUUUACCUGUCAUAGAAGUGACAAGCUUUGUUUCUUCAAAAUGGGUACCUCAAAUGGCAGAUCACACAGAAGUAAUGAGAGGAAUAGAAUGUUAUCCUGGAGUCCGAUAUCCAGUACUUACUCCUAAUCUUCAAGGUUUUCAUUCUGCUAUUGCUGCUGGGGCAAUGGAAGUGUCAGUCUUUGGUGCAGCAUCUGAGUCUUUCAGCAAAAUGAAUAUCAAUUGCACCAUAGACGAAAGCAUGGACAAAUUUGAAGACGUCGUUAAAUCGGCAAGGAGUAUGAACAUACCAGUGCGAGGGUAUGUAUCCUGUGCACUGGGAUGUCCUUAUGAAGGAAAUAUUUCACCAGCUAAAGUGGCAGAAGUUUCUAAAAGGCUAUACGGCAUGGGCUGCUAUGAGAUAUCGCUGGGAGAUACAAUUGGUGUGGGGACACCAGGCAGCAUGAAAAGAAUGCUGGACUCUGUGGUGAUGGAAAUCCCUGUGAAUGCCAUUGCAGUGCACUGUCAUGACACAUACGGCCAGGCUUUAGCCAAUAUCCUUACAGCUAUGCAGAUGGGGGUUAGUGUGGUGGAUUCUGCUGUUGCUGGUUUGGGAGGCUGCCCAUAUGCGAAAGGUGCCACUGGAAAUGUAGCAACAGAAGACGUGAUAUACAUGCUUAAUGGUUUAGGGAUUAACACGCAGGUACAUUUCCUAGCCCUGCUCCUCCAAUCCUGCAAAAGAUGUUGUCUAGCAGUGGACUAUAGCUCUUCCUUUGCUUUCCAUGGUGCUUUCCAUCGGCAAAAAACAGUCAUUGAUCAAGAUGUGAACCCACAGAGUUGCCUUUCAGGCAUCCUUACAGCUGCAUGAUAGCCCCCUGAGGAGCUAAUUGAAGUCAUUUCCAGCAUUUUUAAAAAAUUUCACUAUCAUGGCUGUGUUCCUUUCUGAGAGUUUAUAUUCCUGUUUGCCAGCAUCUUUCUAUUGAUAGUAGGUAGCACUUACUAAAAUUAAACAUUGCUUCAUGUUUACCUUGGGCCUGAAUAAUCUCCUGGUUUCCUUUUGGCUCCAGGUUUUAUGUUCUUGCUUUGUUUACUGAAGUCACUUAAAGGGGAACUCAAUGGUUGAAAUCCAUUUUGAGUAUUCAUUUGGAUGACAUGCAAUGCCUGCUUAGAAAUGGGUUUCAGACAUGAUUAAUUAAGGGGUGGCAGUCAACCGAAGGACGUUGAUUUAAAGCCAACCACAAAUAGCAAAGACACUGGUUUGUUCUACACAUUACAAAAUCUGUCUGUGGGACAUCUUAAAGCGAGGUGACUGCUUCUUUUCACUUCAUACACUCACAAUGAGAUGUCCAGGGGAUAUCUUUAAAAAAGACACCUUCUGGUGUGCUUCUACAUAUGUGCCCAUUAAGGCAUGAUUAGGCAUCCUUUUCCCAGCUUUU